AUGGCAGAGGCCGGACUGAGGGGCUGGCUGCUAUGGGCCCUGCUCCUGCACUCGGCCCAGGCCGAGCUGUACACACCCAUCCACCGGUCUGGCUACUGCGCCUUCUACGAUGAGUGUGGCAAGAACCCAGAGCUGUCCGGAGGCCUGGCUCCCCUGGCCAACGUGUCCUGCCUGUCCAACACACCCGCCCGCCUCCUGGCCGGCGAGCACCUGGCCCUCCUGCGGCGCAUCUGCCCCCGCCUGUACGCUGGCCCCGACACCACCUACGCUUGCUGCUCUGCCAAGCAGCUGGUGUCCCUGGAGGCGAGCCUGGCGGUCACCAAGGCGCUCCUCGCACGCUGCCCCGCCUGCACCGACAACUUCGUGAGCCUGCACUGCCACAACACCUGCAGCCCCAACCAGAGCCUGUUUGUCAACGUGACACGCGUGGCCCGGCGCGGGGACGGCCGGCCGCCGGCUGUAGUGGCCUACGAGGCCUUCUACCAGAGCAGCUUCGCCAGGCGGACCUACGACUCAUGCAGCCGGGUGCGUGUCCCUGCAGCAGCCACGCUAGCUGUGGGCACCAUGUGUGGCGUUUAUGGCUCCGCCCUCUGCAACGCUCAGCGCUGGCUCAACUUCCAGGGGGACACAGGAAAUGGCCUGGCCCCCCUGGACAUCACCUUCUACCUCUUGGAGCCUGGUCAGACGCCGGGGAGUGGGGUGCAGCUUCUGAACGGGGAGGUGGCACCGUGCAACGAGUCCCAGGCGGACGGCACAGCCGCCUGCUCCUGCCAAGACUGCGCCGCCUCGUGCCCCGCCAUCGCCCAGCCCCAGGCCCUGGACGCCACCUUCUACAUGGGCCGGAUGGCAGGCGGGCUGGCCCUCGUCAUCACCCUCUGUUCGGCCUUUGCUGUACUUACCGCCUUCCUGGUGGGGCCCCGCCUGGCCUCCCACUGGGGCAAGGGCAAGAUGCGGGACCCCACGGUGGGCACCAGCCUCUCUGACAAACUGAGCCUGUCCACGCAUAGCCUCCUCAGCCGGUGCUUCCAGGGCUGGGGCACAUGGGUGGCCUCGUGGCCGCUGAGCAUCCUGCUGGUGUCCAUUGCUGUGGUGGUGGCCUUUUCAGGAGGCCUGGCCUUCAUGGAGCUGACCACGGACCCCGUGGAGCUGUGGUCGGCCCCCAGCAGCCAGGCCCGGAGAGAGAAGGAGUUUCAUGACCAGCAUUUCGGCCCCUUCUUGCGGACCAACCAGGUGAUCCUGACGGCACCCACACGGCCUGGCUCCAGCUACAACUCCCUGCUGCUGGGGCCCAAGAACUUCAGUGGGGUUCUGGCCCCCGACGUCCUGCUGGAGGUGCUGGAGCUGCAGGAGACGCUGCGACACCUGCAGGUGUGGUCACCCGAGGAGCAGCGCAAUGUGUCGCUGCAGGACGUGUGCUUCGCGCCCCUCAACCCACACAACACCAGCCUCUCCGACUGUUGCGUCAACAGCCUCUUGCAGUAUUUCCAGAACAAUCGCACGCGCCUGCUGCUCACGGCCAACCAGACGCUGACUGGGCAGACCUCUCAAGUGGACUGGAGGGACCACUUUCUCUACUGCGCUAAUGCCCCUCUCACCUUCAAGGACGGCACAGCCCUAGCCCUGAGCUGCAUGGCUGACUACGGGGGCCCUGUCUUCCCUUUUCUUGCUGUGGGGGGCUACAGAGCGCUCAGAGGUUUUGGGAGAAAGGAACAGGCCAUGCAGGACUCCUACCUGCUCGACUAUUUCCUCUUUCUGAACCGCUACUUUGAGGUGGGGGCUCCAGUCUACUUCGUCACCACUGGAGGCUACAACUUCUCCAGUGAGGCAGGAAUGAAUGCCAUUUGCUCGAGCGCAGGAUGCGACAGCUUCUCCUUAACCCAGAAGAUACAGUUCGCCACUGAGUUCCCCAACGAGUCUUACCUGGCCAUCCCUGCCUCUUCCUGGGUGGAUGACUUCAUUGACUGGCUGACCCCGUCCUCUUGCUGCCGCCUGUAUGCCUUUGGUGCCAACAAAGACAAAUUCUGCCCCUCGACCGUUAACUCCCUGGCCUGCUUGAAGAGCUGUGUGAACUUCACUCUGGGCCCCGUCCGGCCAUCAGUGGACCAGUUCCACAAAUACCUGCCCUGGUUCCUGGAGGACCCACCCAACAUCAAGUGUCCCAAAGGUGGACUGGCAGCGUAUAGCACCUCCGUGGAUUUGGGACCUGGUAACCAAGUUUUAGCCUCGAGGUUCAUGGCCUACCACAAGCCACUGCGGAACUCACAGGAUUACACGGAGGCCCUGCGGGCGGCACGCGCACUGGCGGCCAACAUCACUGCCCACCUGCGGCAGGUGCCGGGCACCGACCCGGCCUUCGAGGUCUUCCCCUACACGAUCACCAACGUGUUCUACGAGCAGUACCUGAUGGUGGUCCCCGAAGGCCUCUUCAUGCUUGCCAUGUGCCUGCUGCCCACGUUCGCCGUCUGCUGCCUGCUGCUGGGCAUGGACCUGCGCUCCGGCCUCCUCAACCUGUUCUCCAUCGUCAUGAUCCUCGUGGACACCGUGGGCUUCAUGGCCCUGUGGGGCAUCAGCUACAACGCCGUGUCCCUCAUCAACCUGGUCACGGCGGUGGGCAUCUCCGUGGAGUUUGUGUCCCACAUCACCCGCGCCUUUGCCAUCAGCACCCGGCUCACCCGGCUGGAGAGGGCCAAGGAGGCCACGAUCUUCAUGGGCAGCGCGGUGUUCGCGGGCGUGGCCAUGACCAACCUGCCGGGCAUCCUCGUCCUGGGCCUGGCCAAGGCGCAGCUCAUCCAGAUCUUCUUCUUCCGCCUCAACCUCCUCAUCACCCUGCUGGGCCUGUUGCACGGCCUGGUCUUCCUGCCAGUCGUCCUCAGCUUCGUGGGGCCCGAUGUCAAUGUGGCUCUAGUGCUGGAGCAGAAGAUGGAGGAGGCCGCCAGGGCCAGGGUGGCCUCCUGCCCGACCCACCAGGCCCCGACAUCCACAGCCAGCAGCACCUACAUCAACCAUGGCUUUGAACAUCCUGCCAAGAGCAUGGGUGGUGCUGUCGGUUCUCUGUCCCGCGGUGGGCAGGAGUUCUGA